UCGAGUCCACCACGCGCGGCCCCAAUCAGUGAGCGUCUGACAGACAUGACCAGCCGCCGCCGCCGCCCGCUCCUCCGCUGCCGCUCGUCGGCGGCGAUGCCCUUGGACGACGACGACCUACUCUCCGAGAUCCUCCUCCGCCUCCCGCCGCUCCCGUCCUCCCUCCCCCGCGCCUCCGCCGUCUGCAAGCGAUGGCGCUGCCUCGCCUCGGAUCCAGCCUUCUCCCGCCGCUUCCGCAUCCACCACCGCCGCAACCCUCCACUCCUCGGCUGCUUCCACGGAGGUAUUCCCGAGCUCUGCUUCCAACCUACUAUGGCCGCCCCCAAUCGCGUUCCGUCCGGGCGCCUCUCCUUGCAGUUUAAGUCCCACGUCCGAGUACUCGGGUGCCGCCAUGGCCUCGUGUUAAUCUUGGACCAGACGCCGCAGCUCCUGGUGUGGGACCCCGUCACCGGCCACCAGCACCUCCUAGCCUAUCCCCCCGAGUUCGAUCUAGCCAACUCCUGGAUUAGUGGGGCGGUGCUCCGCUCUGCCGCCGGCGAGGUUCACUUCCAGGUCGUUUUGGUAGUGUCAGAGUAUGAAAAAAAGUUGCUCGCCUGUGUUUACUCGUCAGAGACUGGGGCGUGGGGCACUCUAAUCUCAACACCAAUUCCAUCCGGGAACUCCCUUCACACCAGGGUUUGUUGGGAGCACGCUGUGCUAGUUGGGGAUUCCCUUUACUGGAUACUCGCUGGUACUACUUUGUUCAAUCUCCUUGAGUUUGACUUGAAGACGGAGAGCCUAACCGUGAUACCGCUGCCGGCGGAUAAGUCUUAUGAUGCAGUACUCAAUGGUCCUGAAGGGCGCUUCACUGUUAUGCGCGCAGAGGGUGGUGGGCUGGGUUUGCUCUCUGUGUCAGGCUUCACCGCCCAAUUAUGGAAGAGGAAGACCGAUUUCGAUGGUGUUGCAUCAUGGGGCAUGGGAAGAACUGUUGAACUGGACGAGCUCCUCUCCAUGGAUUCAAAGGAUUACUUAGACAUAGAAGGGUAUGCUGAGGACAAUAAUUUGGUGUUCCUGUGGACCGGAAGGAGCCUCUUCACAGUCAAGCUUGAGUCACUGCAGUGCAAGAAACUUUUCGACACCAACAAUCGGCGUUGCUAUUAUCCAUUUGAAACUGUCUAUGCUGCAGGUACCUAGAUUUGUAUUCUGGUUGCCGAGAUGCAGGAAGUGGCUUCUUCGAUAGAGGAAAGAUAGGGCAUUUCAACACAAGUAUUGCGAGUUUACUCCAUGGAGACCACCGGCUAGGUCCUCCUCUUCCUUUCACAGUAGUUUAUGUCCUUCAAUUUGCUCUUCAAAUUAUUUCUGAUUAUACAGUUACUGACAUUGAAGGGGAGCCUUGGCGCAGUGGAAAAGCUGCUGCCUUGUGACCAUGAGGUCAUGGGUUCAAGUCCUGGAAACAGCCUCUUACAGAAAUGU